AUGACCUUGUCCUCGCACUUGGGAAGCGCCGAGGAAAUUGCGUCUCGUCUGGGCCAGGACCAGCAACUCUGCCGCGAUAGAAAGCGGCCAAGCAGUCUUGUCCUGAAGCUAUCCGAAGCACCACCAGAGUUGCUAAACGAUAUAUCGGGGCAUCUCACACCUCAGAAUGAGCUGUCGGAAGAGCUUCAAAUAGAUCGAUGCAAGAGCAUCAUCGAAGGAAUUAAGGACUACCUGGACCAACUCGAUAACCCCAAUGCAGAUGAAGCCGAAGCUAUCGCUGCACGUCUAAGAGAAGACCAACAGCUAUGCCGAAGAAAGAAAGUUCCUAGUACUCUCGCCUGUCGUCUGCCAAAUCCGCAGUCCUCUCUCUUUGAAGCAAUUGCCUGGCAUCUCACACCUCAUGUGGACGUUGCGAAGGCCCUUCGAUUGAGACGAUGCGAAAGUAUCGUCGAAGGGAUCAAGGCGUACAUCGGUCAACUAGAUCGCAUCGAAGGUGAUGUUGAUGAGGACUACCUGGUCAAUGGGAGUGCACAUAUUCCCAAAAAUGAAGAAUUUGAGGCAGCGCUUAAAGUCUUGGAUUAUCUUCAGACAGAUGACUCGGUGUCACCAAUCACGCUCUCAAGUCCCUUAGCGGAAGUCGUUACGGCCAUUCGGGCGCAAAUGUCAUUCAAGAAUAAGAGCCUCGUCGAAUAUGCAAAAAACGCACGCAGUGACACGGGCAAAACGCACAAGGCAAAAACCCGGCGAUGCUACAUGUGUCGCCAGAAAUGCAGCAUUCUCAACGUCCAUGACUUGUACCCCUCUCUAUGCCGCCCCUGUGGGGCCUUCAAUCUCGGUUCUUCACAGUUGUCACUGCCGGGGAAAUUGGAUCUCACCAGAAUGACUGCCCUUGUAACUGGUGGAAGGAUCAAUCUUGGAUAUCAUACGGCACUGAGACUGCUCCGCUCUGGUGCAAAUGUGAUUGUGUCCUCCCGUUAUCCUGGCGAUGCGGCAGAUCGAUAUUCCAAGGAAACCGAUUUCACGGAGUGGGUAUCAAGACUUAAGGUUGUCGGUGCUGACUUUAGGGCCGCACAAGACGCUUUUCGGCUUGUUCAUGUCGUAAAGGGCCUGUUGGGGUCCUGGAAUGGAGAAACUGGAUCGAGCGAGCAGAGAAACCUUGAUAUCCUCAUUAACAAUGCGGCACAGACCCUGACAGACCCAGUGAAAGCAGAAAUGAUAGCCAUAUCUCGUGAAGAGCAGUUGAGAGACCUCGUACCCGUCAAGAACCUGUUAGCUGGUCAUGCAAGCAACGCCUAUCAGCCCAGAAUCAAGGGCAGUGCGCAGGAGUCUUGGAUCUCGCGCAUCGAGAGUGGAGGAGAGAAACUGCAAAUCGACCAUGGGACCCAGAAGGAAGAGAGUGCCAUGACUCAUAAAGGCCUCUUUAUAGAGGGCGAUCAAAAUCCAAACAAGUCUUCAUGGGUGCAGUCUCUCCAGGAGAUCCCGUAUGAAGAUCUCAUCAAUGCACACUCCGUCAACGCCUUUGUUCCAUUGAUUCUGUGCCGCGAGCUUCUUCCUUGCAUGGGAGCCGAUGAUACGAAAUCAGUCACCAAACCGCUGGGGUAUAUUGUCAACGUUUCAUCGCGAGAAGGAAUACUGGAGGAUUCGCCCAACUCACCGAGCAAAGCCGGCCAUCACGUCCACACGAAUAUGUCCAAGGCAGCAAUCAACAUGAUAACUGAAACAGAGGCGAUGCCGGCGUGGAGGAAUCGCCGCGUGGCUAUGAAUUCAGUGGAUCCUGGGUACAUGAGUGCUGCUCCCGAGUGUCAGAGAGGCGACGGGUGCCCCAUUGGCUUUGAGGAUGGCGCCGCUCGUGUACUAUGGCCGAUCGUUGUUGGAGAACGGGAGGGCAGGGUGAUCACAGGCCGCUUUCUGAAGCAUUUUGAGCAAGGAGCAGCGGUGAUCAGGCGAGGAUAG